AUGAAAGCUAUACGAGCAGCUAUUGACAGGUUUAUAAACAAAACUUCAAACAGGGGAUUUAGCAUAGUCGGUGACCCUACCUUCAAGGAAGCCAACACAGUUCUUGACGCUUUUCUCAAAGACUUGAGGAAAUCAGGAAAGAUAGCUGGAGUUGUCCACAAGAAGCCAAGUUCAAAAGAGCAAAUUCAGUUGCUUCUUCGUGCUGGUGAAUUGGCGCCGACGAACAGCGAAGAUCCAGCUCAACUCUUUCGCACAGUGUGGUUUUAUCUAAGUCUGUUCUUCGGCAAAAGAGGCAGAGAAAACCAACGGCAACUAAAACCAAACAUACUUAUUCUCAGGUCGACCCCAGACGGUAAAUAAUUUUAUGAGCUCAAUCGUGAAGUAGCUGGUUCAGUAUUGGCAACAAAGUAUCACCAAGGCGGGGUCGAUGACCCCGAAGAUGAAUCCGAUGGAAAAAUCUUUAGUAUCCCUGGUUCCAGCAGUUGUUCUGUCGAGGCCAUCAAAAAGGAUUUAAAGCACCUGAAUCCUGCGUGUGAUAGCCUGUUUCAGCGUCCAAAAAUUGCACAAGUCAACAAGUUUAAUGUUAACGAUAUGAUCUGGUGUGCUAACGCACCGAUCGGUAAAAGCACGCUGGGAAAUUUGCUUCGUGUUAUGACCAAAAGAGCAGGUAUUGAGCCCCCUUUAACCAAUCACUCCAUAAAGGCAACAUCAGUAACAGUUUUGUCCAAUGCCAACGCUGAAACUCGCCUAAUAAAGUCUGUAACCGGUCAUAAAUCUGAUACGUCGAACGAAUCUUACAGCAGUCGUCCAUCCGCACAACAACAAGAGGCCAUGGCUUCGAUUUUGUCCGAUUACAUUUGCCCAGACGAUUCAGCAAAUCCUACCAUCGUUCGCCAAACAGACUAA